AUCGCACAAGUUUAUAGUUCCUCAGUAAUGAUGAAGGUAUUUAUUUUACUUACUACUGUAUUUGCCUUAUCAAUGGCAAAUGAAAUUCUUGAUGUUAAAAAUAUGACGGUGAAAAACCUUAAAUCUAAACUGGAUAAAAAAUUGGUGGAUAAGAUCUUAAAUAAAUAUGAGGCAGGGGAAAUUACUGCGCUGAUCAACGAGUAUUCUCACACGGUUUUUAUGAACAUUGAAAACUAUGCAUUAGAAAAUAAUCUAGACCCGCUAGCCUUAGAUGACAUGAAACGAAAUUUUCUUGAAUCAUCCAUCACAUUAACCAAUGGACGUCUGAGUGGAAUUGCUACUAUUGAUAGGGCUGAUGAUGUUACUAUAUCUUAUAGUUCUGAUGCCAGAACAUUAGAAAUAGAUCUUCCAAUUAUCUUCACCAACCUAGCCUUCGCAUAUGACUACCACGUAGUCAUUUUGUUGAUUGGUCCUAAAGGAAGCCUAGAAGGCGCGAUACAUGGUUUUAGAAUCAACAUCAAACUUCAAUUCGAUUUUAAUACGUACCAUGUUAAAGUCACUGAAUUAACUACUUCUAAUAAAGGGCACCUCGCUCUAACUUUCCAUGGAAAUGGUGUUGUGGAUGUAGUUGUAAAUAUUUUAACAGAGUUUGCAACUACUGUUCUCCAACCACUAAUAGCACAGAUAAUCCAUAAAACUGUAACUGAUGUAGGGGAUAAGGUUGUUCAAGUUGCCAACGACGCAAUUGAUGACUUUUUAAAUCCAGAUAAUCCUGCAUCUGCCGGAUACUAUAAAUUUUAGAUCAUACACGUACUUUUGUUGGGUGUUUGACAAUCUAGGCAAUUGUAUAUGUUUAUGUUAUUAUGUAUAUAAUUUGUUUAGUGUAGGAAAUAACUGUCCUAGUAAUAAAAUUUGAAAAGUA